UCGCGACAUCCACGCGACCCUUCGGAGUGGCAAGACCGUCCCGAACUACUCUCUCGGGGACAAUGGUCUUGUGUACUGGCACGGUUCACAGGGCACCAGAAAGCCUCGUAUUUGCGUUCCCUCCACUGGACAGCUACGUGUCCGAGCAGUAGCAGAGUUCCAUGACCAGGCAACAGCCGGUGAUAUGGGCUUCCACAAGACGUUGCCUCGUGUGAGCCGCCUAUACGUCUGGCCGAAGCGCAAGGACUUUGUGAAUGACUACGUCGCAGAGUGUCCCACCUGUCAGGAGGUGAACAGUGCGAACCACCUACCUUAUGGUUUGCUCCAGCCUCUUCCUAUCCCUGAGGGUCGUUGGCAGUCCAUCUCGAUGGACUUUAUCAGUCCUCUUCGACCUCCGACCCCCCGCGGUCAUGAUGCUAUCCUGGUCGUCGUCAACCGCUUCAUGAAGCGUGCACGCUUUGUCCCGUGCCGCUAUGCUAUCAGUGCACGUGAGGUCGCCGACAUCGUGUUUGACCGAGUCGUGCGCGACCACGGCUUACAUCUCAGCAUCAUAUCUGACCGUGAUCCGCGCUUUACCAACCGAUUCUGGCGACGGCUCCACGAGGUAUACAGCACUCAGAUCCGCUUCUCCUCGUCUUACCAUCCUCAGACUGAUGGUCAAACCGAGAUCACGAACAUGACUCUCGGAGAUAUUCUCCGAAAGAUUGUUCGUGACGACCAGCAGUGGGACCUCCAUCUUGCCCACGCAGAGAUAGCCUACAACCACGCCGUCUCACCAGCCACGGGGAUGUCGCCUUACUAUUGCGACCUCGGCUAUCACCCUCGUGUUCUCGCGGACUUCCUUCGACCGUCACAAAUGCACCCCGACACGAGUUGUCCCGCGCUGGAUGAUUGGGUUCCACACAUGACUUCGAUCAUGAAGACCGCACAUGAGCACAUAGUCGCUUCCCAGACUCGCAUGGCAGCACAUGCGAACCGAUCGAGGAUGGAUCAUCCAUUCAAAGUCGGUGAUGAUGUGCUUAUCGACGCCCGCCACUUACAGCUCGAAGCGGAUACACUUCGCAAGUUUCGGCGUCGCUUCUUUGGUCCAUGCCGCAUCCUCCAGGCUAUCGGUUCUGAUACGGCUUCUAGCCCGGUCAGCUUCCGCGUGAAGCUGCCCGACUACCUACGCCAGGCUCGUGUGCACGAUGUCUACCACGUCUCGUUACUGCGUCCUUACCGCAGACCGUCUGAGCGUUUCGCCGGACGACCAUACGAGCGCCCUCCACCCAUCAUGAUGGACGGUCACGAGGAGUUUCUCGUUUCAGACAUCAUUGGUCGCCGAGUCAUCGACGACAACCCUCCCCACGUCGAGUAUCUYGUACGUUGGAAGGGUUACCCUAAUGAGGAGGCUACCUGGGAGCCCCUCGAGCACUUGCAGCAGGCUCGMAUGUUGGUGCGUGCCUGUGACCGUGCUCGUCGUGCUGGGUUCACUGCUCCUCCUCAGCCCACUGACCCUCCUCCUUCUCCUCCGGCUGAGGAGACCGCUGAAGUCGAGCCUGCUCCAUCUGAGGCAGACCUUCAGCAGCAGCCGGAUGCUUUUGAGCGUCCACAGCGCACUCGUCGUUGUCCUACUCCAUACGACGAUUGACUUUGACUUACCUUCCCACGUCUUUGACUUCUCUGUACUUCAUCCACUCCAGUUUUGCUACUUCAGCUU